AUGUCGCAGUCAUAUCAGGAUGGGUCUUGCAUGCUGUCUCCUAUCGACCAGCUGAUGCCAAGGAUAUAUACCACCCUAUUUCUUGUCUACGAAACAGACCAGUAUGAAAAGGCCGUGAGAAAGCUGAACGAGGGCUUAGCCAAGGCCACCUCCCUCCUUCCAUUUCUCAGGGGCUCUGUUCACAAGUCACCCGACGACUGCAAUCCACGCAAUCAGUUGUCGCUAUCGUGGUCGUCUCAGGAUCAGCCGCCAGCUGUGGUCGAGAUCCCCGCUCCAGAGUCUCUACCAAGUUUCGAGACGCUGAAGCUGGGUAAAGCGCCGCUAUCCGUCUUCCAAGAUGGCCUUAGUCCUGUACCAAUGGUCAUUGACCACCAGACUCCAGGCGCAAGAGCACCGGCCCUCGUGGUCGGAGCUACACGCCUGGAAGGGGGUUUGAUACUAUGUCUGUGCGCUCACCACGUCGUCCUGGACGGUGCGGGAAUGGGCUUGUUUCUCAAGCUCUGGGGCGACUGCACCAGAGACGAGCCGAACAGUGCUCAUUUCGAUCCCGGGGAAGUCUAUCACAGGGAGCCCUGGCUACGGGAUGCCAGCGGUUAUUUCGCCGGGACCAAGCCGAAAGCUACUCUUGAGGAGCUUCUCCUUCGACAUCCGGAAUACGCUCUUCGGUCUCUGAGCUCGGCUCCAUCGUCAGUGUCGACCAAUAUCCCUGGCCACCCAGUUAAGUGUGCGGCCAAGAUCUUUGCCUUUUCCGGCGCCAAGUUACAGGAGAUCAAGCAGGCCAUGAGCAGUUCGAUCCCGGCCAAGUUCCUAACGGUCAACAACGUCCUGGGAGCUGCCCUGUGGCUCUGCAUCACACGUAUUCGGCUCGGACGCAUGCGCCGCGACGGCCUCGCAACAGUGACAGGUUCUACCACCUCGAAGCUUGGUUUUGCCAUUAAUGCACGCUCGAGGUUAGGUCCCGCCGCGUCGAACAAGUCAUACGUGGGCAACUUGACUAUGCUCAAGGUUGUCGAGUUCACUGCUACUAAGCUGGAUAGCAUUGCUGGGAAUGCCAUGGCCAGCCCUGCAGCCGCCGACCUAUCGCCCAUGGUACCGGUUAUCAGCGCCAUUGCUACAGCGACAGCCGCGGUGACAGCAACACACGUCGGCGAGAUUAUAGCGUUUGCGGAUCACCUCGCGGACGUUGAGGAUGUCGGGCCCGGGUGGAACUCGUCCCAUUGUUUGGAUCUGACAUAUACAAGCUGGGCAGACUUAGGGAUGUACGAUUGCGAUUUCGGGCCCAGUUUAGGGGGUAAGCCGCGGUACGUCAGGAUCCCAUAUAUGCCUUAUAUUGACGGCAUGGUACUUGCCUUACCGAGACGCAGGCUGGUGGAUCCUCUAGAUGGAAAGGCUAUAGAGAGAAUCGAGGUUGCUGUCAUGCUGAACGAGCGAGAUAUGCGCGCACUGGAGGAGGACGAGAUAUUGCGAAGCUGGAGUGUUUAA